AUGGCCUUUCUGGACAAUCCAGCAGUGGCUCCAGGCUCCACCAUCCUCGUAACUGGGGCUAAUGGCUUCAUUGGCGCCCACGUUGCAGACCAACUACUCUACCAAGGAUACAAGGUGCGAGGCACCGUCCGAGAUGCUGUUAAGCAUCAAUGGCUAGCACAGCUGUUCUCUCAAAAGUAUGGUCCUGACAAGUUCGAACUUGUCACCGUCAAGGACAUGGGAGAGCCAGGCGCAUUUGACACUGCAGUCUCAGGUGUUUCUGCCAUUGCUCAUGUUGCCUCGGUGAGGAGUAUGGAUGUCACGCCCGACGAGCUGCUUCAAAAUACCGUUGCGGGAAUGCUGGCUUGUUUGGAGGCUGCUGCCAAGGAGCCAAGUGUACGGCGAAUUGUACUAACCUCCUCUUCCGCUGCGGUCCGUUCCAUCCAAGCUUACCGCACUACGGAUAUGGUGUCAUCGGAUGAAUAUGACAACCAAACUCUAAAACUAGCCAGGAACAUGCCUGAAGAUUUCAUGCCCAUGCAGAAAUUAGUAACAGCUUACUUUGCAUCCAAAGUUGCGACCGAACAAGCCUUCUGGAACUGGAUGCAAAAUAACAAGCCGCACUUUACUGCAAACACAGUGCUACCAUGCACCGUUUACGGUAGUCCGCUCGAUGUGGCCCACCAGGGCUUUCCGUCUACAUCGAAAAUCCCGCUCCAGGUUUUGGACAACGAGGCUGUCCCCGUUAAGCAUGUGCAACGUUUCUACUACGUGCAUGUCCAAGAUGUUGCUCGUCUUCACGUUGCCGCCCUGAUCCAUCCGGACAUCGCCGAUGAGCGUAUUUUUGCGUACGCGUCUCCCUACUCCUUCAACGACUUCUUUGACAUCUUUGUGAAAUUCGUCCGAAACUACAAGCCCCCAGAGAAGAUUCCGGAUAUCGACUUCCCACUCGCUGAGAUCGGCCCGCGGCGGAGGGCGGAAGCGCUGUUGAAGGAUCUUGGCAGUCCUGGGUUUGUGGGGCUGGAGGAGACCAUAGUUGAAAGCGUGCAGACUCGCAUCAAUGCAUGUGCGUAGUCUACUGGGCAGAUUCU